AUGGGCAAAUACGCCAGUCUCUGGGCCACGAAAGAGCCAUGCAAACAGAACGAGACUUCUUGUCCCCGCUAUGCCGACCGUUCAACGAGCACAGAGCCCAAGGCUGUCCUUGAAUGCAUCGUCACAACCUCCCCCAUCAAGACGCCUCAACGCCAUCGCCGCGAGGGCUCCAAGCUGAACCCGGACGCUCCCGAGUUUACGCCCGGCGCCCUGGCUGCGGCCAGGAGCAACCCCAGCCCCUUCAUCAACAGGGUCGAAACGCCCACUCCCGCUCAGCGGUCCACUACGCCUCUGCCCGAGAAUAUUGUACUGCCCCCCAGCGCGGCACCCGUGACACGGGCAGAGUUUCGGUUCCCGCUGGUCUCUCCUCGCCGCCGGUUCCAGUCCAAGAGCGAGACAAAGGAGUAUGAUUCUGACGAGUGCGCGACGCCGCGGAGGGUGUCUGCGCCUUCGCCUAGCCGCACCAUGCGGGCCACAUCGCGCGAGGCAGAAAAGUUGGGGUGUGGCCGAGUGCAUGAAGAUCAAGGGCCUGUGGUCGUCGAAAAGGACAAGCCUAAGGACCAGCAGGUCAUCACGAUCAAUACCAUCAAGCCUGCGGCGUCUCCGCCGGCGAAGUCAUCGACAAACCAUGCUCAGAGCCCCAAAAACGACGAGGGCAGCAAUACUCCUGCCGCUGCGCAAAAGGGACACGGCCGUCCCCGAGCCCGAUACGCCAGAGGUAGGGGAGGAGGCCGUCGCGGAGGACGGACCGGCACAACACGCGGUCCGGUCGAGGGAAGCUCAGCUCUGCCAGUGCCCACAAAGGGCCGUCGGUAGUCAGGAAGUCAAUGUGCAAGCGGCGCGUUGCAACCAGCUAGUAUCGGGAUAUUCA